AGGAGCCGCAGGUUUCAUCUCCACAUCGCCGAGGAGACGACAGACGCUAAAAUCAUCUCCCCGGCUGGUACGCGGCGUCGUUUCUGGGUCACUCUCGAGCCCUCUGAGAGGCCUCGCGUCCACACCGCCAGAACAUGGAGCGCAAAAAGCGAGAGAGCAAGAGAGAGAGAGAGAGAGGAGAGAGAGAGAGAGAGGAGGCAAAGCUCGUCAUGUCGACCCUGAGCCCGGAUCGCGGUCUUUUCGCCGAGCGUUAGGUCGGGACCCCCCGCGGCGCCGUCCGGGGGGCGAGGGGCGAGGCUGGCCGGAACGUGCCCCGCCGCCAGCCGGGCGAGGAUGAGGCGUUUCCUGAGCAGAAAGGGUCGCUUCUCCUUGCGCCAGAGCAAGUCCAACACCCGCAGCGCUCCCAAAGAUUUCCUUCUCGGUCUUCCCGUAACCAAUCAGAACUGGCCCGAGGCGUUCGGGUUCCGACUGGGCGGCGCGGGGCCCAGCUACAUCUUGUCGGUGGCGGAGGGCAGCAGCGCCUCCCUGGCGGGUUUGCAGCCCGGGGACCAGGUGGUGGACAUCGAGGGCCAAGACGUGACCGACCUCAGCACCCCGGCGCUCGUCGCCCUGGCUCGGACCCUCAAGACGGUGCCGCCCAGCAUCGGCGUGGUGUCGCGGAUCGAGCAGCUCGACAUCACUCCCGGUCCAGACGGCCGCUUCGGCUUCACCCUGGUGGGCGACACCCCCCUGACGGUGGACGACUGCGCGCCCGACGGCGCGGCCGCUCUCGGCGGCCUCAAAGUCGGCGACUACGUCAUGGAGGUGGACGGCGUCCCCGUGAAGCGGCACGAGACGGCGGCGGCCAUGAUCAAGGCCGCCCGAUGCCGUCCUCUGCGACUCGGCGUGCUGAGUGUGGCGCGGCGGCCCAAACGGCUCAGCAGCAGCAUGAGGGUCCUCUCGCAGAGCGGAGACAGCGUCAGGGACUCUCGAGCCCGCAAGGCCUUGGAGUUCAACGAGAAGGUGGAGGAAGUGCUGGGCGAGGAUCCCGACGUGAAGGAGCAGCUGUUUGAGGUUCUGCAGCGCUACGCCGCCGGCCGGGACGUGGAAAGGCUCGCCGAGGCCCUGCCGGACGUGCUGCUCACGCCAGAGCAUCGGCAGCUGCUUGAAAGCGUCAGGAUCUUCAUCCCCAAGAAGCACCGGGAGCGUUUCGACGACGUGGUUUCCCAGAGCCUGAUGAGCCGCCUCAAGGGGCGGAGCUUCAGCGACCCCAGCCGUAGCCACCUGCGCCGCAGCCGCGGGCGCGGCGAGGAUCACCCCGAACACUCGGCGCUCUCCGCCCGGGCCAGUUCGGUUCCGCGCACGCACGCGGAGGAAGGCUCCGCCCCCCCGUCCCGCGGGAUGCGGAAGACCACGUCGCUGAUCGCGGGCCACUCCGGCGCCUCCGCAGGCGGCUGCAGGACCGUGAGAGUGUGCAAGGGCAACAUGAGCUUUGGCUUCACUCUCAGAGGUCACGCUCCCGUCUGGAUCGACUCGGUCAUCCCGGGGAGCGCAGCAGACAAGGCAGGUCUGAAACCAGGAGACCGCAUCCUUUUUCUGAAUGGACUUGAUAUGAGGACCUCCUCCCACGAGAAGGUGGUGGCCAUGCUGCAGGGAAGCGGCGCCAUGCCCACCCUGGUCGUGGAGGACGGCGCCCCCUCUUCGGCCGUGUCCGAGCAGGACCUGGCGGGCGGCGCCCCCGGGGAGCGCGCCCGCUCCCCCGCGCUCAGCUCCCUGCAGUGGGUGGCCGAGAUCCUGCCCCCGAGUAUCCGAGUCCAAGGCCGCACCUUCGCACAGCAGCUGGAACACCUGCUGACCAUCCGGGAGAGGUACACCAUCUGCAAGGCCCUGGAGAACUUCUUCCAGCACAGAAACGUGGACACGCUGAUCGUGGACGUCUUCCCGGUGCUGGAUACGCCCGCCAAACAGGUCGUGUGGCAGUUUGUCUACCAGCUGCUGACGUACGAGGAACAAGAACACUGCCAGAACAAAAUCUCGCGCUUCCUGGGAUUCAAGGCGCCAGGUCCACCGCCGCCGCCUCCCCCCCCCCCUCCGGAGCCCGAGGCGGCCCCCGAGCCGCAUCGCCGUAGCAGCUCCGUGAAGGUGACGGCCACCACGUACAGGAGCAGCGUGAGGGGGCGGAGCUCUGACGACCUCCUCAUUGGCACACAUUUGGGCAUGGGCUUCCGUGCAGACUCGCUUUUGGAAGCAGGAAUGAGGUUGGCUCCCGGAGAAAGGCAGUCAGGGGACGGCACCUCCCUUCCCGAGACCCCCAACAAUCUCACAAAUCUAUCGGCCGUGUACGCCGAACUGGAGAACAUGUACUCGGCCAAGAGAUCCAAGUCGCUGAAGACCCGCCCUCCUCCCGCCCCCGAGACUUUGCUGGAUCUGGACCCGGCCUCUCGCGCAAGUUCCCCUCCGGCGCGCGCCGACACAGGUAGUCGUAAGGGCCCCCCGCCCGCUAUAACCUGGCCGGAGCCGCUCCCCAGCCCUCCGCCUUCGCAGUUCUACUCAUCGGGCCUGACGAGCCAGAACAGCGGGGAGUCCAACCCCUACGUCAGCCUGGACAGUCCGUCGCCGCCCGAGCUCGUAGAUUUCCCGUCGAGCCCCCCGCCGCACCGCGGCAGCAAACGCCGAUACGCGUUCUCCAAGCCGCCGCGCUCCGAAGACACCGAUCGCUUUCUGGACGCGCUGAGCGAGCAGCUGGGCCAGCGAGUGGCCAUCGCUGAUGACUUUCUCACUCCAGAAAACGACUACGAAGAGGAUGUUGUGCAGAUGGCCUUCCCUGACGACGAAGAGGAGGACGACGAUGAUGAUGACGACUUAGCGAUGGAGGAGGAAGAAAAUGAAGGAUUGGCGGGUCCGGCGCUGAGCAGCGCCAGUGACAACCAAAGCAGCAGCAGCGGCGGCGACGACGAAAAUGCGUCAUCCCUGACCUAUUCCUCCUCCUCCGACCACAUCCCUCCGCCGCCCGCCACUCCUCCUCCGCCUCCGCCCGUCCAUUUCAACGACACGCCGUCUCAAGCGCAACCCCAAGAGCAGCCGAGCUACACCCCCGAACACUCCUCGAGAGCUUACGUGCCCGUCCGCCGGAAGUCGGGACCGCCUCCGCCGCCUCCGCCUCGCAGCAAUCUGCCGCCGAAACGGCACUCGUUGCAUAAAGCGCUGCCGAGCAAAGAGGAGCCGCGGGUCCGGGCCGCCGUUCAGGAGCAGCAGUCCUCCGAGGAGCUGCAAGCCUUGGAAGAACGGCAGGCCUUUCAGGAGCAAAUGUUCCAGGAGAGACAUGCCUACGAGGAGCUGAAAGCGUUUGAAGAGCAGAUGCUUCAGGAAGAACGAGCCUCCCGAGAAAGACAAGCGCAAGCCAUGCAGGGGCAAAAAGCUUUCCAGGACCGAACGGCGCACCGCGUCUACCAGAGUCAUCGUUCGACGCCGGCGCAGCCCGCCCGGCAGAGAAGCUGCCACUCGCCACUGCGGCAACUACACCGGUCGUCGCCCGGAACCGACCUCCACCUCCGCCUCCGCCGCCCUCGCCCUCCUCUCGAUGCGGCUCACCCGGGGCAGCAGCGCCGACGCCUGUCCCGUUCGGCCCCGCCUCCGCAUCACCCGCCCCCCCUCCCCACGCUCGGCCAAAGUCCGCAGGACCAGGACGGCGAGGGCGUUUACCGGAGCCGGCAAAGCCCGAGGCUGCGGCCCCACCGUUCCUCGGCCGAGGUCCUGCGCCACUUGCAACGGGACACGUUGCGGCACACGCAACAGCCCGCCGCUCACUACUCUUCCUGGGAAAUCUUCCAGCCCGAGACGGAACUCCUCCGUCAAGCUGAGCGGGCGACGCGGAGGCCGCCUCACCACUCCUCCACGGAGACGCUCCACCAAGGCCGCCCGAUGGCCAGGGGGCAGCCCCACCAUUCGUCCGCCGAGCUGCUCCACCAGAUGCGCAAAUCGCAGCCUCACCACUCCUCCACGGAGACGCUCCAGCAGGCCCGUCGUCGCCCGUCCGCCGAGCCCCCCUCCCAGCGGGAGAGCCGCAGGAGUCUUAAAAGUCACCAAGGCCAGACGAGCCCGCAGACGCGUCACCCCCAGCCCGUCAAGCCGUCCCCCCAGAGGCCGCAUUCCAUCCAGCAGCACCGCCCCGGCGCCCCUCACAUCCCUCACAUCCGCCACGUGACCCCGCAGCCUCCGCCGCAGGACUACCAGCACCAGAUUCACGUGAUCCAUCCGCCGCCGCCGCAGCAGCCCCGCGGACCCCAGCCCCUCCUGUCCACGUUCCAGCCGCUGUCCCAGUCGGCCGCCCGGACCCCCCGGCCGCAUUCCCAGCCGUCCCGCCACCUGAUGCGGUCCCAGCAAACGCCGGCGCAGAGCCCGAGUCAGCCCCAGUCGCUCCCCAACUCUUUAUCGGACCCCGCGCCAGCCGAGCCUCCGCCGCCUCCCCGCUCGCCCCCGCCCUUACCCGGGCCCACCCUCUCCAGGAUGGACUCGCAUCACAUCAGCGUCAAGAGGCUGCGCUGGGAGCAGGUGGAGAACUCCGAGGGGACCAUCUGGGGCCAGUUGGGCGCAAAUUCCGACCACGAGAAGCUGCACGACAUGGUGAAGUAUUUGGAUCUGGAAAUGCACUUUGGGACGCAGAAGACUUCUCUGCUGACUCCGGAGCCUUCGCCCCAAAUGGAAACGUUUCCGAAAAAGGAUGUGAUUGAAAUUCUGUCCCACAAGAAGGCCUACAACGCGUCCAUCCUGAUAGCGCACCUAAAGUUGUCCCCCGGCGAGCUGCGUCGGAUGCUGAUGAGCAUGAGCGCCGACAGGCUGGAGCCGUCGCACGUGAAGCAGCUGCUGCUGUACGCGCCCGACGCCGAGGAGGUCAAAAAGUAUCAGGAGUACGCGGGAGACCCCGGCGAGCUCAGCGAGCCCGACCAAUUCGUACUGCAGAUGCUGUCAGUGCCCGAGUACAAAACCCGGCUGGAGAGCCUCCUCUUCAAGUGCUCCCUGCAGGAGAAGACGGAAGAGCUGCGGGGGGCCUACCGGCGCAUCGGCGAGGCCUCCGCGCAGCUCAAGAGCAGCAAGAAGCUGGCCAAGAUUCUGGAGUUUGUCUUGGCCAUGGGCAACUACUUGAAUAACAGCCAGCCCGAAAGCAGCAAGACGACGGGCUUCAAAAUUAACUUCUUGACCGAGUUGAGCACAACAAAGACGGUGGACGGAAAGUCGACUUUCCUGCACAUUCUGGUCAAGUCGCUGUGCCAUCACUUUCCCGACGUGUUGGAUUUUUCCAAAGAUCUCACCAUGGUUCCCCUUGCGGCCAAAGUCAACCAGCGGAGCGUCACGUCCGACGUGAACGACCUCCACGGGACCAUCCGCGAGAUCCGCUCCGCCUGUCAGAGAAUGCCGGCCGGCGCCGAGGACCGCUUCGCCGCCGUCAUGAGCACCUUUUUGGAGAACAGCCACCCGGCCGUGCAGUCCCUGGAGUCUCUCCAGCAGAGCUCCAUGGAGGAGUUUUCCAGAACGGCGUCCUACUUCGGAGAGGACGGCAAAAGCGCCAGCGUGGACGUCUUUUUCGGCAUCUUCGCUCAGUUCAUCGACAAGUUUGAGAGGGUUCUCAAUGAUCAGCAGGCGGCCGAAAACCCAAAGAGCCCGAAAAGUCCUCCAAUGGGCUCCCCGCUGGCCUGGUAGCGCCUCCGCAGACCGCGCACACACUCCAGGGGUGGGUGGGCGGGCAAAG